AUGUCAUAUGAUACUGCUAUCACUAUAUUUUCGCCCGAUGGACAUCUAUUUCAAGUAGAAUACGCAAUGGAAGCAGUCCGCAAAGGCCGCUGUGCAGUUGGUGUUCAAGGGGUAGACUGCAUAGUCCUCGCAGUUGAAAGAAAAGCUGCAGCAAAACUUCAAGACACCAGGACAGUCAAAAAAAUCCACAUUCUUGAUGAAGGAAUUGCAUUAGCGUUCGCAGGACUUACAGCAGACGCCAGAGUCCUAUGUGACAAAGCCAGGGUAGAAUGCCAAAGUUUCAGACUUACAAUGGAAGACCCACCCUCAGCGGAAUAUAUUGCAAGACAUAUAGCAAGGACACAACAAGAAUACACCCAAAAAGGAGGAGUCAGGCCUUAUGGAGUUUCCACUUUAGUCGUAGGAUUUGGAAGGGCUGGAGAGCCUAAACUAUUUAUGACUGAGCCAUCUGGAAGCUUUAGUGCUUGGAAAGCUCAAGCGAUUGGGAAAAAUUCGAAAAAUGUGGUGGAAUUUUUAGAGAAAAAUUACCAGGAAAAUUUGUCAAUGGAUUUAACGUUAAAAUUAGCUAUUAAAGGACUACUGGAGGUGGUAGAAAGCGGAAGCAGGAAUAUUGAGGUAGCAGUAAUGCAAAGGGCAGGGCUACAGAUGUUGGAGGACGAAGUGGUGCAGAAAUUGAUAUCAGAAAUUGAAGCUGAAGCUUAA